AUGGUUGCGCCAGCUGUUCCUGAGAUAUUCGAGGAGGAGGAUAUCUAUGCUGCGGUCGAUGCGCGAACGGAGUCGCUUCAGAAUUUGCGAGAAUUAGGUCCUCCAGACUUGGUAUACUUGGUCAAGAAAUCAAAGACCAACGCAACCCACCAGACCGGAGUUUAUCAUCACGUCACCGGAAUCGAUGCCUCGUCCUCCGCCAGCUUGGCCGCAUAUGUCAAUACGCUGACCUUCUCGCCGCUCGAUAAAACACACAAAGUGGUUUCUGGCAUCUACUGCUGCUACAAUGCCUUUUCCCAUCUGGAUAUGCGUGUCGAGGUGAAGAUUCCCGGGAGUCUGGAGAGCUAUUGCAUCGAUGAGCGGGGCGAUAAGCGUGUUGCUACCGACGCACUAUGGCUCGAGACUUUCCUGUGUGGUGUUCUGAGGGCGUACUCUUAUGCGGACGACGGUAGCGGUGAUGCCAUUCGGAAGAUUGUUGGCGUGCGGCGAUUCAACCCAGUCACCAAUACGGAGAUGGAGCACAAGUUUCUGGAAGCUGCGGAGAGGCUCUUCUUCCUUGGGAGACAACUCAGCUCCGACCCCGAAACGCAAGUACCGAACACUGUCAGCAAUCACCUCACCUCUGGUCUUCUCAAGUACAUCCAAACAACCGGCCGUUACACCUCAGGAGUCAACCUCUUCGAGAAACUCCGAACCCGCGACGUCGAGGUUUCGUCGCUGCUGGCCAGGGUUCUCUUGAUGGCAGACGAGGAAGUACAGGCUGUGCGGUUGAUGUACGAUGCUCUUCAGGACGUACCGAUGGACUAUUCAUUACUCGACUGUCAGGCAGCGUUCUGUAUGGACAAGGGAGAAGGAGAGCUGGCCCUGGAGUGCGCGAAACGAGCGGUAACGGCUGCGCCCAGCGAGUUCAGUACAUGGGCGCGGCUUGCCGAAGUAUAUGUCUCGCUCGAACAGUGGGAUUUGGCUCUACUCACCCUGAACUCAUGUCCCAUGUUUACUUACCAGGAUAAGGACACGCCGCGGAUGCCUCAACCAUCGCGGAUCAUGCUUCCCAUCCUUGCGGAAAGUAUAUUAGACGAAAUUGAUGAGGGCCAACCGAAACAAGGAGAUCCCCACGACUACGUUCACCCGUCUCUGCGCAAAUUGCACGCUGCGGCCUACCAGGGAACCUUCCUGAAGGCCUACAAUCUCCUGACGAAGAUCGCCUCGGCGAUUGGCUGGGACCAGCUUCUCAAGAUCCGUAGUGAGGUUUUCGUUAUGGAAGAGGAAUACCGGGUUGAGCGCCAGCACCCUGCGCCAAAAGCCGGUCGCACUAGCUCUGUGGAUGAGGCUUUAAGCAAAGAGACCAACGGUAAUGGUGAACACGAGGAUGGCUCGGGUAGCGACGAGGAAACUAGCACGGUGGAGAAGGCCACCAACGGCGAUGACGAUAGCCAUGAACAGGUUGAAAGUUCUAUCGAGAAACCAGAGCAGUCAAUGGCAUCAGAAGUGGUCAAGUCGGGCAACGACGAUGUGAGCAUUCGGUUCCUUACCUUAUUUUUCCCCCGUGUUGCGAUUGCUGAUAAUUUCCAGCCCGAUCCGUCGCAUACUUCAUACGCACAGUUUAGAAAUAAACGCUUGUGUGAGCGCUGGUUGGAUAAUCUUUUUAUGGUUCUGUACGAAGACCUCCGGAUCUAUACCAUCUGGCGCACGGAAAUGGCCCAAUUCCGCCAGCAGGCAAUCGAGUACAAGAAAUCGGCGACCGAGUGGGAGAUCCUGGGUGAACUCGCGGAGCGACUGCAUCACUUUGAUGAGGCGAUCGAGGCCUACCAGCAUUGCCUGUCUAUCCGCUUCUCGCCCAAAGCCAUGCGCGGGGUCCUGAAGAUGUACGAGAAGCGGCACGACACCCGGGGCAUGUUGGGCGCCUUGAUCCGGCUCAUCGCCUGGCAGUACCGCUGGUACUCCGAGUUCUCGCCCCAGCUCCUGUACCUGAUCCGCAAGCUCAUCGAGGACGAAGGCGCCGUCAAGGUGCGCAGCAUCGUGCAGGCGACGAACUUGCCGCAGCCUGUUCUCGACCUCACACACCAAUACUGCCAGCUGUGCGCGACGUUCCGCAGCAGCGGAAGCGACGGCUGA